CUACCGGGUCAUAUGACCUUCACAUAGCUAACAUCCUUGUAGCCCGGCCAGGUGCGACACCCCAUGAGCUUACACACCAUCUUUGCCCCAUGUCCAGACUUAUAGAGCCUCUCAUAUCUGUAGUGGGAGGAGCGCCGGGAACUAUCCACUGGGAUCAUUGACUCCGGUCUUCGGAUGGCUGGCGGGAACAAAAGCAUCCAAUGCGGUUGUGUUUACUCCGUCAUAUAGCCGCAGGUUGUGGCCACCAACGUGGCUUACACAGCAGGGGAAGCCACGCCUACAAAAAGACAGCGUCGAAAGCCGGCGAGAGCAUAGCGGAAUUCAUCUGCUCCGUGCUCGGAUCUGAGCGGAAUCAAGGCCGCAUCGGGCGACUGCCUGUCCGUAUUAGGAAGAUCCAAGGUAGAUGGAGGGUGAAGCCUCAUCACCCAUUUAGGAUUACAGCAAAUGUCUGAUCACAUCUAGAUGACUACAGCCUCAGCGCCAAGAUAUCAGUGUUUGCGA